AGAGAGGGAACAAACACAAAAGCAAUGUCGCAACUCUUAUCUUCUCCUCCAAUGGCGGUCAACUCCAAUCCUCGCUUUCUCUCUUCGUCUUCAGUACUCGUCGCCGGCGGUUUUGCAGUGAAACACCAUGGAUUCGCCUUGAAACCGACGACGAAGACGGUGAAGCUCUUCUCGGUUAAGUCCCGCCAGACGGAUUACUUCGAGAAGCAGAGAUUCGGUGACUCUUCUUCUUCUUCUUCUCAAAAUGCUGAAGGAUUGCCUGCUAGAUUUUACGUGGGUCAUUCAAUAUACAAAGGGAAAGCUGCGCUAACAGUGGAGCCAAGAGCACCAGAGUUCGUGGCUUUAGACUCUGGAGCUUUCAAGUUGUCGAAAGAUGGUUUCCUAUUGCUCCAGUUUGCUCCUUCUGCUGGUGUACGACAAUAUGAUUGGAGCAAGAAACAGGUGUUCUCAUUGUCUGUUACAGAAAUCGGAACUCUAGUUAGCCUAGGCCCGAGGGAAUCUUGUGAAUUCUUCCAUGAUCCAUUCAAGGGAAAAAGUGAUGAGGGAAAAGUGAGGAAAGUGUUGAAAGUUGAGCCUCUCCCAGAUGGUUCUGGUCACUUCUUCAACCUAAGUGUUCAAAACAAGCUUGUGAAUGUGGAUGAGAGCAUUUACAUACCAAUUACUCGAGCAGAGUUUGCUGUUCUUAUCUCUGCCUUCAAUUUUGUCUUGCCUUACCUUAUAGGGUGGCAUGCAUUUGCAAACUCCAUCAAACCAGAAGACACAAACCGUGUGAACAACGCUUCGCCUAACUAUGGAGGAGACUAUGAAUGGAAUAGAUGAUGAAUCUUAGGGCCAUAAUAGGAACAUAUAUCAGAGAUCAUCCUACCCUUUUUGUUUUGCUGAUAGGUUUCUUGAAGAUUGAUAUAUGUUCGUAGGUAGCACAAAAGACUUAAAGUAGUGUUAUUUUCGUCCUUUUGACCAAAUGUGGAAGUGAAAAGCCAGAUCAUUUUGUGUUUAAGUGGUUGUAUCUCAAAACAUCAGUCCAUUGCUUUGUCUGAUCUUAGUUGUUUUUGAUUGAAGAGCAAAUCUCAAUUUGAAAUUCUGAGUACAAGCUAGUAUGAUCCAAAUGCCUAGACUUUGAGACGAGGCUUGAAGGUGAGAAUUGGUUUGUCUGGAGAGAUUGGAGAAACAAGACAGACCACACAAGCCUUCUCUUUAGUAACAACAACAUCACUCUACUCAUGUGGUUUGGGUCUGAUUUUUAUUUUUUGUCCGGUUAGCGGUACAAUGGUUUAUUUUGGUUUAUUAGUGCCUCUUAUCCUAAGAUAUAACAUAGAAAAAUAUCUAUAUUUGGUUACUACAUUAAAAAUAUCCUAAGAUU